UGCCACCUGGUGCUGUCCCCGUACUUUGAAUGUUGUCACCACAGGACUGCAGGGUGGGGCUGGCUGUGUGGUGUGGUGCCAGGAGUGGGGAAAGGUAUAAAGGUCCCAGCAGAGUGCCAGAGACAGGAUCUCUGAGACACUCAGGAGUAUCCCAGUUUCUCUCUGCUGCGCUCAGUAAAACAUCACCUCGACCAUGAAGGCAGCUGGUGUUUUCCUGCUCCUCUCCCUGGCACUCUUCUUCUACCAAGGAAACGCCGAGAUGGAUGCAGCUGCUUUCAGAGGAACAGAGCCUUCUUGUGAGAAUUUCAACCUGGGAAGAGGGUGUACCAGGGAGUUUGACCCCAUCUGUGGCACGGAUAACCUCCUGUACAGCAACGAGUGCCUGUUGUGCCUUCACAACCUGCAAAGAAGUGACCACGUGCGCAUCAAGAACAGAGGAAUGUGCCAAACUCCCCGCAACAACUUCGCUUAAACUGAGAUGAGAGUUGAGAGCACAAAGCUGUCCCCUCACCCGCUCAAACCCCAAUAAAAUGGAAGCAUCGCCA